GUCGCGCCGGGCCGGGCUGCGCCCGAGCGGGGCGGCGCUGCCUGCAUGACCCUCCGGCGGCGCGGGGAGAAGGCGACCAUCAGCAUCCAGGAGCAUAUGGCCAUCGACGUGUGCCCCGGCCCCAUCCGGCCCAUCAAGCAGAUCUCCGACUACUUCCCCCGCUUCCCGCGGGGCCUGCCCCCGGACACCGGGCCCCGCGCCGCUGCGCCUCCGGACGCCCCCGCGCGCCCAGCCGCGGCUAGCGCCGGCCGCCGCAGCCCCUCCGACGGCGCCCGCGACGACGACGAGGAUGUGGACCAGCUCUUCGGCGCCUACGGCACCAGCCCGGGCCCCAGCCCCGGCCCCAGCCCGGCGCGGCCGCCCGCCAAGCCGCCCGAGGACGAGCCGGACGCCGACGGCUACGAGUCGGACGACUGCACCGCCCUGGGCACGCUGGACUUCAGCCUGCUCUACGACCAGGAGAGCAACGCCCUCCACUGCACCAUCAGCAAGGCCAAGGGCCUGAAGCCGAUGGACCACAACGGGCUGGCGGACCCCUACGUCAAGCUGCACCUGCUGCCAGGAGCCAGUAAGGCAAACAAGCUCAGAACAAAAACCCUCCGUAACACCCUGAACCCCACGUGGAACGAGACCCUCACUUACUACGGGAUCACGGACGAAGACAUGAUCCGCAAGACCCUGCGGAUCUCCGUGUGCGAUGAGGACAAAUUCCGCCACAACGAGUUCAUCGGGGAGACGCGGGUGCCCCUGAAGAAGCUGAAACCCAACCACACCAAGACGUUCAGCAUCUGCCUGGAGAAGCAGCUGCCGGUGGACAAGACGGAAGACAAGUCGCUGGAGGAGCGGGGCCGCAUCCUCAUCUCCCUCAAGUACAGCUCGCAGAAGCAGGGCCUGCUGGUGGGCAUCGUGCGCUGCGCACACCUGGCCGCCAUGGACGCCAACGGCUACUCGGACCCCUACGUGAAAACAUACCUGAAGCCAGAUGUGGACAAGAAAUCCAAGCACAAGACUGCGGUAAAGAAGAAAACCCUGAACCCGGAGUUCAACGAGGAGUUCUGGUAUGAGAUUAAGCACGGGGACCUGGCCAAGAAGACGCUGGAGGUCACCGUCUGGGAUUACGACAUUGGAAAAUCCAACGAUUUCAUUGGCGGCGUGGUUCUGGGCAUCAACGCCAAGGGCGAGCGCCUGAAGCACUGGUUCGACUGCCUGAAGAACAAGGACAAGCGCAUCGAGCGCUGGCACACGCUCACCAGCGAGCUCCCGGGGGCCGUGCUCAGCGACUAACGCCCCGCCCUGCCCGCCGCUGCCACACAGCCCCUGCCGUCACCUGGGCCCAGCAUGGGCCGGCCCUGGGCUUCCUCAGCUGCCACCGAGGGCUGCAGCCCCCUCGUUGGGGGAGAUCCAGGACACCCGCUUGGACACAGAACCUCUGCAGCCCCCACCUGGAGGGCACGAAGGGCCCAGCCACUCGAGGGACAGGGAGGGCGGGGAGCUGGGCCUGCUCUCAGCCCUCUGGGGCCCGAGAGGCCGGCGCUGGGAGGACCAGACCUCGGCCUCAGCGCCCACCUGGGCAGAGGGAAUGGGGCCGUCCAGGGCAAGGACCCUCCUAGAGGUCAGCAUUAAGGCCCAGGCGAGAGCAGGAGUGCAGGGGCGCCCUGGGGGGCAGCGGGAACGGAGGCGAGAGGCGGGCAGGUGGAGGACCACACCCUGAAGAACAGUUACCCCCAGAUGUGGCCAAACGGAGGCUGGCCGCAUCCUUCCUCGCCAGCACGGCUGCUCAGGUGUGAGGAAGUGGCCUGCCGAGAGCCUGCCGACGAACGUGGACAAAUGGACAAGUGCUUCUCUCAGCGGCGCAGGAGCCAGGGGAGCAGCGGAAACCAACUAUGACAGUGGGGGUGGGAGGGGGUAAGGGGCGAGAAAUGCCAAGACCAGCCUGGCCCGUGCAAGUGCCGCUGGAUGCUGCUGCCUGCUGGGAGGGUAGGGAAGGCUUCCUGGAGGAGGUGGUGUUUCCUCGGGGCCUUGAAGGGUGAGUGGGGGUUCCUAGUUUCUAGGCGGACAAGGGGAAGGACAUUCCAGGCAGCUGAGUGGUCUACAAAGGCCUGGAGAUGACCCAGGACUCAGGGCCUCUCUCUGGGGGCCGAGUUUGUCAGACAGGAGCGGGCACUGGAGACACUGAUGCCGGUGCAGGGUCAAGUUCAGUCCUCACACCCAGCUCUCCCACUUUGAUCUUUCUUCUCCUGAAGGACCUGGAGGAGGGAGGCCACCCUUGGCCAGCCGCCAUGGAGGGGAGCAAAGGGUUCCUCGCCAUGGGGAGAAGCAAACAGUCCUCCUUGUCCUCACUCUCCCCGUCCCCGCCCCUCCUGGGUUCAGGCUGAGUAUUGUGGGCUUCCAGGUGGUGGCUCAUGGCAUCCUGGCCCUCCUGCAGCUCCGGAUGUCCCUGAUAGGAGUGCUGAGUGGCAGUUCAGGGCCUUGUCUCUGCAGCGCUGUGGGGCUGCUCUGCCCUCCAGGAGCUGAGAGAGACAGAGAGAGACACCUGCCUGGGGGGCCUGUCUGCUCCCCCAAAUCAGGCCUCCAGAAGGCUGAGAGUAUCUGAAUCUUGGGGCCCAGGCCUGAAGCCCCCAAACGUUCCCUGCCUACCAAGGGGCCUUCAGGAACGAAUGCAGAACCAAGGCUUUCCAAAGCCGCAGAGCCCUGGCGUGUUGAACCCUCACUGCACGAUGGAAACGCCCAGAGGGGGAAGCUGGCCUGCCCGAGCCUUCCAGCCUUCGCACAGCUGGAACCAGGACCCCUGGCACCCACCCCAGGCCCAGCCCAGCGCACUGGACACCACCCUUCAGGGCAAGGUGGGUGCUGGGCCCACCCCGCCUGCUGCCCACCUGCCCACGCCAGCAGCAGGGCUCCCAGGCACGAGGGUUAGACCUGCUGCUGCAGACACGAAGCACAUCUCCGUCCGAGGCCCGAGGUGAUGAUUGCAAUCCCACCAAGUGCCCAUCAGCCCUUUCCCAGCUUGCAGGGGAAGCAGGACUCCAGCCCCACACGGUACCUGCCACCUUUGCUGCUCACGGAGCCUCAGUCUCCCCACCGUUGGAGAGGCUCUGUGCUGAGUCAAGGUUUUGCAUGCGCUGUCUCAAUGAGUCUCACAACCCCGUGAGGUGGGCUCAAUUGUCAUCCCCUGGUUACAGCAGGGCCUGAGGUUCAGGGUCUGAGUAGUUUGCCAGGACCACGCAGCUGGGAGGGGUGAGCCACGACCCAAACCCAGGUCCUCCGGCUGCCUGGGCUCAGUGCUCCCCAGUGGCUUCCGUCCUGGGCUACUGGAAGCUCAGCAGAGAACCCAGGUGGAGGCUCAGUAAGCUCUGCUGCUGCAUAGUAGGGACAUGGGUCCUUGUCACCAUCCUGCCACCUCUCCUCUAGCUGGCUUUGAAACCGACUAUGCCACUUAAGCUUCCCCAGAAGUGCCCGCCCCGGCCCCAAAACCCUCUGGGGCUGCGGCAAGGGUCCUCUUUUCUCCACCCAGCUAGAACGGGGCGCCUCUGGGGGCCUAAGGUGAGAAGUGGCCUAUUUUUAAAGGGUGUCUAGGUGAGCUCUGGGUAUCUCAGCUUUGCUUUUGGAGGGGCUCAUUUAGAGAGGAGACUCAGGCUCUCUGAAGACACAGAAGUGCUGAAUGGCGGUGCUAGAAGUGGCUGCAAGCCCACCUAGCAUGCCUUCCUUAUUAGACGCAUGGGGAAACUGAGGCCCAGUGGUGGAAGGGGCUCAGGGCCCAGCCGGGACAACCACCCAGGACUCGUAGCACUAGCCCAGGCCCCCUGCUGCCCUGGGCGGUGCAGGAAGCUGGUCCAAGCUGACCGCAGGGACAGUCAGGCCGGGAGGCGGGGCUUCUGGCCAGCCAGGGUGGGUGCUCGGGCAGGGGGCCCCCCAGGGAGUCUCGGAACCGUCACCGGGAUCCUGGCACCGUUCUAGACCCCAUGUAUUUCUGUUCAAGAAAAAGCGCUUUGAGAAGCUGCAGAAUCGGCUCUGCCUUUGACCCCAAAGGGGCAUCUUUGGUCUGUCAGCCCCACAAAGACAGAAAAUCUGAUGCCAAAAAAAAAAAAAACGUCAUUCCAAAGUCAGGUGUCAGUACCAAGGGGGUCGCCGGGUGCCCGCGUCCACCUCCCGCCCUGGCCUCCGCCCCGCCCGCCGCCGCUCGCCAGUCCCCGGCGGGCCCGUCUUCCAGCCCUGAAGCGGUGGCCGCCUGACCUCCAGUGGCGAGAGCGAGGAACUGCACCCCGGCCCGCGGGGCCGUGCAUGCCCUGCCCCUUGUCCCUUCCCGGCCGAGGGAACCUCCCGAUGCAUGGACUCUGGCUGUCGUCCACGCAGACUCGCACUGCUUAACACCGUUUUGCUACCAUGUGACGGCUGCAGAAACUCCUCAAACUGCAGCCCCACGACACACUUUUUGUAUUUUUCGUCUGACCUACCCGAAGGUGUCCUUUUUAAGUCUUAUUUGUUAAUAUUUAUAAUGACAUAUAAUCCAAAGUAAAUGGAGACGUCACAUUGCGAUGA